AUGUUUGAGACCAAACCGAUGGCCGCUAUAAAGCCCGCGUGGAAGUCGUCCACAAAGAUCUUUGAACCUUAUUCUGUGACUUAUGUAUCGCCACAACCGUCCGAUCGGUUCAAUUUCGUGGCACUGGUAGUCCUAAUGCAAGCCAUGGCUAUGUUUUUGCCCACAAAUAUGUUUAUAAACUCCGAGACAUUUUUUCGUGACUUUAAACUCGAUAAUGUGAUUAAAGGCAAUAAUAACACAAACUAUAAUACAACUGAAACCUCCCGUUUGGGGUUUUACUCGAAGAAUCACAUCAAGUAUUGUAAUACAAGCGGUGGUCAUAAGUCUGACUGUAAUUCUUGCGACUAUUAA